ACUUUAAAUUUGGAGUGCAGAAGUAGCAGUUGCGCACUGGGGGCGUCCAUCAUGCUCACUCUGCUCCACGGUUGUGGUAGAAGUCUGCUGAGCGCCAGAACACACCAGAACUUCCGCAAAAGUUACUACUCCGCACAGAUGGCAAAGCGCGUGGCGGUGGUGCUGGCGGGCUGCGGGGUUUAUGACGGCAGCGAAAUCCACGAGGCCUCCGCCGUUUUGGUGCAUCUGAGCAGAGGAGGAGCUACUGUUCAGAUGUUUGCUCCCAACAUCGAGCAGAUGCAUGUUGUGAACCACCUGAAAGGUGAGCCUGCCGAGGAGAAAAGAAACGUGCUCGUGGAGAGUGCGAGGCUCGCCCGUGGAAACAUCCAGGAUCUGUCUAAGCUGAGCGUCAAAGACCACGAUGCGGUUAUUUUUCCAGGUGGUUUUGGAGCAGCAAAGAACCUCUGCACGUGGGCGAUGCAGGGGAAGGACUGCUCCGUUAACGGCGAGGUGAAGGCGGCUCUGCAGGCGUUCCACGGAGAGGGCAAACCCAUCGGCCUCUGCUGCAUCUCACCUGUCCUGGCUGCCAAAGUGUUUCCUGGGUGUGAGGUCACUGUUGGCAUUGAAAAGGACGAGAGGUAUCCGGACACCAGUGACACUGCAGCAGCCAUCAACCAGCUGGGCUGCAAACACGUCAGCAAGAGCGUGACGGAGAGCCACGUGGACGGGAAGAACAAGCUGGUCACCACUUGCGCCUUCAUGUGCAACGCUCCCAUCCACGAGAUUUUUGACGGAAUCGGGUCGAUGGUUCAGGGUAUCCUGAAACUCGCCUGAUUUAUUUCAGUUUGAAUGACUACAGAAAAUGGAGGGAAGUUGUAAAAAUAGCUUUUGAAAUUAUUAUGAUCUGACAAAUAGAAGCUUUGUGUUUUCCUUUAUAUUCAGAUUUAAAUGUGAACCAGAUUUCCUUAAAUUUACACCAGUAACUUUCUAAAUAAAAACAGACAUGAGCUUUUCCUUAGCAGAGUUUAUUGCACAUAAAAUAAACAAGUACAUCAAAAGU